UGAUGCGUCACGUGACGAAGGAGCUGUGGCAGGCAGGCAGUAAGGUGAAUGCGCCGGGUAGAAAUCGUUUUUUACUCGGAUGAAAACAGGAUAAAAAAUUAACAAGUAAGAAUUAUUGUUACAACGAAUAAUAUCACCGACAAAAUGGAUCCCCGUAAAUUAACAGAAUUACUGCAAGCAACGAUAGACCCCGCUCAACAAAAGCAGGCGGAGGAACAGCUCAAUCAGAUUCACAAAAUUAUUGGUUUUGCUCCCACUCUUUUGCAAGUUGUAAUUUCAUCGGAAGUCGAUAUGCCAGUUAGACAAGCAGGUGUUAUAUAUUUAAAAAAUUUAAUAACUACCAACUGGGUGGAUCGAGAAACAGACAAUGCUGCUUUACAAUUUAGUAUUCAUGAACAAGAUCGUGCCAUGAUUCGUAACGCGAUUGUUGAUGCAGUAGUAGUGGCACCAGAACUUAUAAGGGUACAAUUGGCAGUAUGUAUAAGUAAUAUUGUAAAGCACGAUUUCCCUGGAAGGUGGACGCAAAUUAUUGACAAAAUUACAAUUUACUUGCAAAAUCCAGACGCUUCCUGUUGGCCUGGUAUUCUGCUUGCUCUUUAUCAACUUGUUAAAAAUUUCGAGUACAAAAAAGCGGAAGACAGAGGACCACUGCAUGAAGCUAUGAAUUUAUUAUUACCCAUGAUUUAUCAAUUAAUAGUACGACUUCUACCUGACGCAUCCGAGCAGUCUGUCCUUUUACAGAAACAAAUACUCAAAAUAUUCUUUGCCUUAACACAGUACACUCUCCCUCUUGACCUUAUAUCGAAAGAAGUUUUCUCGCAGUGGAUGGAUGUAGUGAGACAAGUUGCAGAUAGGUCUGUGCCCGUUGAAACAAACGAUCCCAAUUUAGACGACGAAGAACGAUCUGAAUUACCCUGGUGGAAGUGUAAAAAGUGGGCUCUUCAUAUUCUGCAAAGAAUGUUUGAAAGAUACGGCAGUCCAGGAAAAGUAAUUAAGGAGUACAAAGAUUUCUCAGAAUGGUAUUUGCAGACAUUUAGCGGUGGGAUUUUGGAAGUUUUGCUCAAAAUAUUGGAUCAAUAUCGUAGAAAAGUUUACAUUUCUCCAAGAGUAGUACAACAAUCCCUAAAUUACAUUAAUCAAGCCGUUUGUCAUGCUCAUUCUUGGAAAUUUUUAAAGCCUCAUAUGUAUGAAAUUAUUCGAGACGUCUUGUUUCCAAUUCUUUCAUAUUCUGAGGCUGACGAAGAAUUAUGGAACACGGAUCCUUACGAGUACAUUAGAGUCAAAUUUGAUAUAUUCGAGGACUUUGUUUCUCCCGUGACUGCUGCACAAACAUUACUACACGCGUCCUGUAAAAAGCGCAAAGAUAUGUUACAAAAGACAAUGCAAUUCUGUAUGGAAGUCUUAACCAGUCCGAAUGCAGAUCCUCGACAAAAGGACGGCGCUUUGCACAUGGUGGGAAGCCUCGCUGAUAUUUUGCUGAGGAAAAAGAUUUAUAAGGAUCAAAUGGAUAAGAUGCUCAUGCAGUAUGUCUUCCCAGAAUUCAACAGUGUGCACGGCCACAUGAGAGCGAGGGCUUGUUGGGUGUUACAUUACUUUUCUGAAAUCAAGUUUAAGGAAGAAUUAAUUUUAGUUGAAGCGAUGAGGUUAACAAUUCACGCUUUGUUAACGGACAAGGAUCUUCCAGUGAAAGUCGAAGCCGCCAUAGCUCUUCAGAUGUUGCUUAUCGCCCAAGAGAAAGCCCAUCGAUACGUUGAGCCCUUCAUAAAACAAAUUACACUUGAAUUAUUGAAUAUUAUCAGGGAGACUGAAAAUGAUGAUUUGACGACUGUCAUGCAGAAACUCGUUUGCACAUAUCCAGAACAGCUAAUGCCAAUCGCUGUGGAAAUUUGCCAACACUUGGCCACAACAUUCAGUCAAGUGUUGGAAACGGACGAGGGUAGCGACGAGAAAGCCAUUGCAGCAAUGGGUUUAUUGAACACAAUCGAAACUCUUUUGUCAGUGAUGGAAGAUCAGCCGCAAAUAAUGGCUCAACUACAACCUACAGUUCUGCAAGUGAUUGCUCACAUUUUCGGUCAAAGUGUUAUGGAAUUUUAUGAAGAGGCUCUAUCGUUGGUCUACGAUCUCACGGGAAAAUCAAUUUCCGAAGAUAUGUGGAAAGUACUGGAACUUAUGUAUCAAUUAUUCCAAAAAGAUGGUUUUGAUUAUUUCACGGAUAUGAUGCCUGCGCUUCACAACUAUAUUACUGUCGAUACUCCAGCAUUCCUAUCGAAUGAAAAUCAUAUUUUAGCCAUGUUCAAUAUGUGUAAGGCGGUUUUGAUGGGCGAAGCUGGGGAAGAUCCCGAGUGCCAUGCUGCAAAGUUGUUGGAAGUCAUCAUUUUGCAGUGUAAAGGACAAAUAGAUCAGUGCAUACCAUCGCUUGUUCAACUGGUUUUAGAACGUCUGACGCGCGAAGUGAAAACUUCUGAACUUCGAACAAUGUGCCUUCAAGUAGUAAUCGCAGCUUUGUAUUACAAUCCAACAUUGUGUCUCGAUGCAAUGGACAGAUUACAGGGCACUCUAGGUCAAUCGGCAGAACCAAUUGCUUCGCAUUUCAUAAAGCAAUGGAUACUCGACACAGACUGUUUUCUUGGGUUGCAUGACAGGAAACUUUGCGUUUUUGGUCUUUGUACUUUAAUUAGUAUGGGUCCAUCAAGACCAGCUGCAGUGAAUGAGUGCUCUCAUCAAAUUAUUCCAUCAUUAAUUUUACUUUUUGACGGACUGAAACGUGCCUACGCUGCGAAAGUGGCCGAUGGCGAUGAUGAUGGAAAUGAAGAUGAGGAAACUGACAUUGACGAAGAAGUCCUGUCGUCGGACGAAGAUGAAAUUGACGACGCUAGUCAAGAAUAUUUGGAAAAGCUUCAGGAAAAAGUAUGGAAAAGCUCGCUUCACGGAUUCCCUGUGAAUUCAUAUAUUCAAGACGGAAUUGGAGAUCAUAAAUCGGAUGAAGAUGAUGAUGAGGACUCGGAAUAUGAAGCGAAUGAAGAGACUGCUCUCGAGACUUACAUUACACCUUUAGAUUCGGACGACACGAAACAAGAUGAAUAUGUCGUCUUUAAGGAAGUUAUGCAAAAUAUUGAAAAGACAGAUCAUAAUUGGUAUAGAGCUCUUACCAGCAACUUAACAGCCGAACAACAAAAAACCUUGCAAGAAAUCAUUCUCCUCGCCGAUCAGCGUAAAGCAGCGUUAGAGAGCAAACGAAUUGAACAGAGUGGAGGUUACGCCUUUCAUUCCCAGACUGUGCCCACCUCGUUCAAUUUUGGCGGUACGCCGUUAGGUCGAUAAAGGAAAUUAUAAGGUUUUUAUUUUAGACUAAGUAAGUAAAUAAAGAAACAAAAAAUUAUAAAAGUUAAUUACAUCGUACGACGGUAUAAGACAACUGUUAAUACGAUCAUUUAGGAAGACAUAUAGCACUUCCUAUUUACUAUUUUUUUGUAAACUAAAUGUACAUUAUAUCAAGACGGUCGGACUAAUUUUUUAUUAUUCUGAAAGACGUCGAUAACAAUCUCAAAAUAAUUAGGUGAUCAAUUAUUAAACUAAAAGAAAAAUCAAUUCACGUAAAUUUACAAUCGCAAGGCGAUGCUACACUUUGUUGUAUAAAGAUUUUAAACAAAUAAGAAGAGAGAAAAAAAGAAAUGUGUCAUUUUAUUAAAAAAAAAUAUAUAUAUAUAAUAAGUAACGUUGCAAUCGAAUGAAAUACGCUUUUGUAAACUAUUUUUGCUUUGAAGUGAUAAAAAGAAUAACGCAAAUUGUGUUUUUUUGAGAUUUUAUUUUCUUGCUUAGAAAAAAAUGUACACAUUUUUUUUUUAAUUUUUAGAAAAGGAAAAAAAUUAAGAAAAAAACAAAAAGUACUGUCCAUUUAACUUUAUUCUUCUUUUUCGGGUAUUUUCAGAAGAGAAAAAUACGUGAGCUAAACGACAAAAAAAAAAAUUAUUAAUUGUAUUUAAACUUUUUACCGUGUAGAUACAUGUUGACUAUUUCAAUCGCCGCACUUGUUCAUUUUGCAAUUACCAAUUACGAACUACAAAAAAAAAAAGAAUAGUCGAUAAGUUUUUUUUCAAAUUAACUUUGGUAAUUGGGAAGUGAAAAAAAUUGAAAGCACGUUUUGUACACCAAAAUAAAAAAGCCGUCUAGAGAUCAGUAACAAGACAUCGUCCUACUUCUCCCAAAGGAUAAAAAUAUUACUUUAGAUAGACAAGUGAAAAAAUAGUGCUGUAAAGGUUCUGUUUUUUAGCAACUCCGCCUUAAAAAGAAAUUCGUCUGAAUAAGAAAAAAAGAGAAAGAGGAAUCUUUCAAUAAUAUUUUGUCGCCAAGAAUUUUUAUAUUCUUGAAUUAUUUCUUAAAUUUUUUUUAUAUUGUAUCUUUUUAGAGCAUAUAAAAUGUGUAUUCUUUUUUAUUUGUUUUAAACUAAGACGAAUUUCCCAUACAUUUUUUAUGUUUGCUCUGAAUACUUCUUUUUUUCUUCAAAUGCAUAAUAAUUGUAAAUUUAUUUAUUCUUUUUCUCUGGUAUAACAAUUAAUUUAAAAAAUUUAAAUUUAUUGUACACGUUAUUAAUUUUUUUAUAUAAUAUAUAUAUGUAAUUAUACGGAUGAAGUACUUGACAAGAUUUUAUAUAAUUAAAUAUUUUUCAAUGAAGGAACGAUAUUUAAAAAGCACUAUUCUCUUUAAUUGUAAACUGUACACAAAAAAGAGGUGUUCUCGGCUGUAAGGUUUUUUUUUGUGAAAUAAUAAAUAUUUUGUGUCUACGAUUAAUAUUCAUAAUGAAAA